CACGUCCCCACCAGCCGGAUCGGUUGGCUGUCACCCCCGCUUCGACCUCUCUCCGCCUUGUGUUUCAUGCUCCAGCAUCAUCAAUGUCGUUUUUUUGCAUGCGGCUGAAUGCAUCAUGUCCACAGCACUAUGCGUAAGCCCUAAUAUAAGUAAGCAAGCAAGGCGACACUGCCUCUGAUUUCUUUCCCCUCGCUCUUUCCUUACGACAACUAUUCUGCCAUUGAACGUGAAAGAUGUUGUUUCGCUCACUGCAACUCUGCGCUGCGGCGUCUCUGACUGCUGCCACCAACCUCUUCGUCUCUGACUACUCUGGCAACAUCACAACACUUUCACUCACAGAACACGGCGGCCAAUACUCUCUGACGAAGACGUCCGCAAACGCCGGCUGCGCGCCCAAUCCAUCGUGGCUCACCCUCGAUCCCAAUCACGCUACUCUCUACUGUCUUGACGAAGGCCUCGAGGUCACCAAUGGCUCACUUACUUCCUUCACAAUCGCCGACGAUGGCAGUUUGACGAAAGUCUACCGUGAAAAAACAAUCUCCGGACCUGUCAGUGGCGUUAUUUAUGGGAACCCUGCCGAGAAGAGAUCAAUUGCUUUGGCGCAUUACUCUGGCAGUGCGCUCAGUAGUUGGGACCUCGACGUCAAUCGCACCGGCGGCUUUGCAUUCGAGCAAGAAAUCACCUUCGAGCUCAAGAAACCUGGGCCAAAUGCCGAAAGACAGGACGAUCCUCAUGAGCAUGAAGCUGUACUGGAUCCUACUGGUCAAUUCUUGGUUGUACCUGACCUUGGCGCUGAUCUUGUGCGCGUGUUUUCUUUUGACGCAAAGACUGGAGAGGUAAAGGCCGAAAAGGCUCUUGCCGUGCUUCCGGGUUCUGGCCCUAGACAUGUUGUUUUCUAUAAUCCUUAUGGUGUUGUGGGAAACAAGGGCACGAGUUUCAUGUUCUUGAUCUCGGAAUUGGCGAACACAGUUACCAGUUUUGCUGUUUCCUACCCUUCGGCUGGUGGUAUGCAAUUCAAGCAGGUCUACAACACCUCUACCUACGGAGAUCUUGUGGUUCCUAACGGUAAUGCCGCAGCUGAAAUUGCCAUUACACCAGACAACCGCUUCCUAAUCCUCUCAAACCGCAACAACACAUCCUUCCACCUCCCGAACCCAAACCCCCACAACAGCACCUCAAUCCCCUCCGACUCUCUCUCCACCUUCGCCCUCAACAAAGACGGCACGCUCAACCACAUACAACUCUGGCCCGCGGGAGGAACGUUCCCAAGACACUUUUCACUCAAUAAAUGGGGAGAUUUGUUGGCAGUGGGAAUGCAGUAUGAUAAAAGUGUUGUGGUGUUUGAGAGGGAUGUUGUUUUGGGGACUGUGGGGAAGCCGGUUGCGAGGUGGCAGGGUGGGGGUAAUGUUACUUGUGUUGUUUGGCAGGAGUAAAAGGGGGUGAGGAAUUGGAGACAAGGGAAAGCUGUCAAAUGGAUGCAGGAUCUCAACUACUCCGUUCUAUUGCAAAAUAAGUGGAGAAGCCUGGGUGUUCCUAUCAGAGCGCAAAGCACUUCUUUCCCUUUGCCGCUUGUUCCUUUUAGCAGUCGGCAAUUGCUGCAAAUUGUCUAGAGCAUCGCGAUAUACACUCUCAAACACGGUCAUCUGGUUAGCUGGCAAAGGACCAGAUUGUCUACAUGUUUGACAUUGAAGAGGUACAAGUCGAGAAGUGUGCGGGCUCUAGGUGACAUGUCGUUUCUUGAUAUUCGCCAGAUGACAAAAGCAGUGGCGUUCGUGGAACAAG